AUGGCGGGUCAGAACAACGGCCAAGCCGGUGUAAACCAACUAGGAGGCGUAUUUGUCAAUGGACGUCCACUCCCCGAUGUGGUCCGCAAGAGAAUCGUGGAACUGGCCAUCAUGGGGGUUCGACCGUGUGACAUUAGCCGGCAACUGCUGGUAUCCCACGGUUGUGUGAGCAAGAUACUAACCAGGUUCUAUGAAACUGGGUCUAUUAGACCCGGUUCGAUUGGCGGGAGUAAGACGAAGCAAGUCGCAACACCAACAGUAGUGAAGAAGAUCCUUCGUCUGAAACAGGAGAACCCUGGUAUGUUCGCGUGGGAGAUUCGCGAAAGGCUGCUCAGUGCAAGAGUUUGUGAACCUCAUUCCAUACCCUCGGUGUCUUCAGUGAACAGAAUUCUUAGGAACAGCGGACUAGCGUGGAGUGAUGAUGACACUAGGAACGGACAUGAAGCUUACCAUCAACAAGAUUUACCACCAAAUAUGAUGGAUUACAUGGCACUGAAGUCAUCGCUACCCCCAACACCAUUACCACCGCAACAAAGUCCUCCAUACUUCGCUCAUUCAGCAGUCAGGGUCCCACCACCACAAAAUAUGGACCACACACAGCUCUACGACAGAAGACUUGCAACAUCCUGGCUUCUAGCCAACCAGGUCCAGGCACAAGGCCUGCUAAAACCCUACCCAAUAAAUCCUUGGCAAAGAAUAAUGAUGCCUUAUCACGAUUCGAAAAACUUUUCUCCUUAUGCAUUGAAUUUGCACAAUGAUCUGCUAAAUAGAAUAAACUCAGAUGAAGUGAAAUCGGAAAAUUCUGAGCAUAUUUCGGUUGAAACCAGUGACGAUAGUACUGAUCGACCAGAUGUAGAUGAGGAGCAGAAGACAACCGAUAAAGAAAAGAAGAAGAAUCCAUAUUCAAUAGAGGAAUUAUUAAAGAAACCGGAUAAGAUGGUUAAUGUGAAUCCUAUCGGAUUCCAGAAUUUUCUCCGCCAGCCAAGCGGAAGCAUGAUAGAAAGUACACAGACCUUAAGUAACAGAAGUUCACCAGCUAGCUUCUGCUCAGUUCAGAGUGGAGUUUCAAAUGACUGUUUCUCAGAAUCAGCCAGUUCAGAAAUUAAAGCGGGAAAUUAG